CCGUUCAGAUCAGUGUAACUUGACACAGGUGCUGUCGCGGUUCAAUCUUCAAGCUUCGACAAAUGUUUGCUCGUGUGACCGAUGACAGCCAUGACUGAGCGGGCAGAAAACGGUUUUCCCGACAGAGCCUCGGAGUCGGAGGAUUUUGUCACGGCGGCUGUGAAAGACGAGGCCGCUUUGGUCGAAGUGUUUGACACCGUGCUGGAAAUACCACAGGAUGUUUGUAUGCAGGAUGUCAAGCUCAAAGAAGGUGAAGCCACAGAGGAGAGAGAUGUCAGAGAGAAGUUGCAGAAUGGAAAUGGACAGUCGGCCUGUCCACCUGCAGUUGACUCCUCCAGUACUGAGCCAGAGUGGGCGGUGGGAGCUGAGUGUCGGGUGGUGUGGUCAGAGGACGGGCAGGUGUAUCCGGCAGUGGUGGUGUCUGUAGAUGGUGAACGCCGCAGAGUUCGUUUCAUUGGCUACGGCAAUGAGGAGGUCAUGGAACUGAGCGCACUCAAGAGUUGUGAUGCUGAACCGCAAACACCGAGCUCACAGGACUGGAAGACUGGCUCUCGGUGCCGGGCAGUGUUUUCAGAGGAUGGUCUGAUUUAUCCUGCCGUGGUUCUGUGGGUCAAAGGUCAGCGCUGCCGCAUUCGCUUCGACGAGUACAACAAUGAGGAGGACCAGGAUGUCAGUGGCCUGCUGAGCCCUGAUGAGCUCCACGGACCCAGCAGAGCCAAGGGUGGCAGGAAGUCCAUUGCAACCAGCACUAAUUUUGACUUUAGGAGAAGGAGGAGGGAGGAGAACCAGGGAGAGCGGGGAGGAGAGAGAAGGCCAGCAUGGAGAGAUGAUCAGCAGAACUCUUCCUGGGUUAAAGAGAGACCUGGGAAUCAGAGCAAAGUGGAGAAGGAAGCAGACGAGAAGAGGAGAGGAAAUCAGCAGAGAGACGGAGCAGAGAAACCCACCAAUCACAGCUUCCCUUUCUUCCCUCCUUUCCCUCCUCCUCCUCAGUCAGGCUCAGGGGACCCCUUGUCCUUCCUCCCUCUUUUUCCUCCCCCUCUUCCUGCCUGGAUGUUUGGUGGGAAAGAAUCUGGCACCCCUUCGGCCAUUGACACCACCUCCAGUAUAAUGAUGCUGUGGUACAUGUGUGGCUUCCACACCGGCAGCUACCUGGCUCAGCAACAGUUCAGGUCGGCAUCCAAAGACUGAGGUCUAACAAGAUCUUAAAUCAAAGAGGCUCUGGGGUGAACACAGUCAUAUUUGGUGUGAGGAGCAGCCCAGUGGUGAAACACUGCAGAGGUUCACAUGUUCAGACAGCGCCCUCUGCUGACCAGCAGCAACACAAGACUAUAGACAUACUAAUUACUGGUAAAUGCCGCAGAGACCCUGAGAGAAUGCACUGAGAAGGAAUUAUGUGUAAAGUUUACUUCAAGGCCUCUAAAUGUUUGUAUUGUCAUAUUCUAGUAUAAAGCCUUGUUUUAUUGUGCUUCUACUUCACUGUUAAAGUUACUGCGUUGCACUAUUAAUACAAACUCAACACUCCCUG